CGCGGGGCACGACGUGAGCGAUGGGGGGCUGCUGAGCUGCGCCCUGGAAAUGGCCAUGGCCGGGAACUGCGGCCUCAGCAUCCAGCUCCACAGCGACGGCGCCCAGCGGCGUCACCUGCCACCCUAUAGGGCACAGCGGCCCCAUAGGGCCACACAGCCAGGUGGUGGUGUGGGUGGACGGCACGGAGGUGCUGCGCGAGGCGGUGGGCGCCGUGCGGGCGCUGUGGGAGCAGACGAGUUUCCAGCUGGAGCGGCUGCAGUGCGCCCGGCGCUGCGUGGAGCAGGAGGAGGCGGCGCUGCCCCACCGCCAGGGGGCGCAGUUCUCCCUCAGCUUCCCACUCACGGCCGCCCCGGCCCUGCCGCCCCGUGUGGGACGUCACCACGGAGGACCUCUGCAGCGGCACCGCGACCCUCGACGGGUUCCGGGGGGUGGUCUUCGUGGGGGGGUUCAGCUACGCCGACGUCUUGGGGUCGGCCAAGGGGUGGGCGGCCGUGGCCCGCUUCGACCCCCGGGUGCGGGCGGCGCUGGAGGGGUUCCGCCGUCGCCCCGAUACCUUCAGCUUGGGGGUCUGCAAUGGGUGCCAGCUGCUGGCGCUGCUCGGAUGGGUGGGCGACCCCCCGGGGGGGACA